GCCGCAGCGCAGCGCCUCACCGCGCCUCCCCUCAGGGCUCCCCGGGGCGUCGGCAGCGCGGAGCGGUGCGGUGCGGAGGGCCGGGCGGGCGGCCGGCAGCCCCGGCGGCAGGAUGCAGAUCUGCGACUCGUACAGCCAGAAGUACUCCCUGUUCAACGCCAUGAACCGCUUCAUCGGUGCCGUCAACAACAUGGACCAGACGGUGAUGGUGCCCAGCCUGCUGCGCGACGUGCCGCUGCUGCUGGGCGAGCUGGACGCGGCCGGCGCCGUGUGCCCCGAACGGGAGGCCGCUCCCGGCGGAGCCUACUUCUCGCGGCGGGACAUGUACAGCCACUACGUGCUGCUCAAGUCCAUCCGCAACGACAUCGAGUGGGGCGUGGUGCAGCAGGCGGCCGGCGAGGAGGCGGCCCGCAAGAAGGACAAGCUGGGCGGCGGGCCCGCCGAGGAGGCCGAGGCGGAGGAGGACCUGGAGCAGCAGUUCCACUACCACCUGAGCGGCCUGCACACCGUGCUCUCCAAGCUGACCCGCAAGGCCAACGUGCUCACCAACCGGUACAAGCAGGAAAUCGGCUUCGGCAGCUGGGGGCAGUGAGCGAGGCCGUCGGGAGCGGGGUUCCCUCCGCGGGGCGGCACCUGCUCGGCGCUCCUCCUGGCCGGAGGGCGUGGAGGCGAAGCGUCGAGGCUCCUCGGCACGCCGGUGGGACUGCGGUGUUUUUUACCAACGCACAAACGAGAGAGAGAUGUAAAUUAAUCGAUACUAGUUCAUUAAUUUUAUUAUUACCCCCCCUUCCUCCCUCCUCCCCUUUGUUAUUUUGUACGGGCUGGUCGCUGCGCCUCGCCGAGCCGGCGACCGGUUCCCGCUGGCACGUAGCUGGCCGAUCUGAGGCUCCACACAAGCCGAUGAAAGUGAGGAGGGUGGCACGGAGCUGCCCGCUCACCGGGACGGUGCCCGACCCGACCCCGAGGUGUUGGCUGGCAGGGUGAAGGGCUCCAGGUUGUACAUGCGCUGAACUCUAUUUAAAACUUUUUUUUUUUACUCAGAUGUGUAGAGUAUAUUCUAAAAAUAAACGCGAAUGUAUUGACUAAAAGUGACUUUAACUUUUUUGGUAUGAUUUAUGUUUCGUUAAUUAAAUGAUAUUUUUAACAUC